AUGAAUGAGGUGAUCAAAGGUUUCUUUCUGCUGGCCACCUGCUCUGCCUGCUCACUGAAGAUAUUGUCGCUUAAGUUCAAUAUUCUAGACCUGGAACGACUCUUUGCUCAUAUGCAUGAUGCAGAAUUUAAGCCCCUCAGCCUCGAGGAGCAACGCAUCUUUCUCAACGCCCGUCAGCUCAGUCACACGACGCGCAAUUCCUAUGGCGCCGUCUCGGUCUGCGCUCUGACAACCUUGCUCCUAACUCAAUGUAUCAUCGAUAAUACCCAACUGCCUUUGGACACCUAUGAUCCCUUUCAAGGGGAGCGCGGCUCGUUUGGCUUCUGCUUUAUGUAUGUUAAUCAUUGUUGCGCUCUGUCCUCGGCCUGCUUCAUAAACAUCGCCUUCGAUUCGCUGUGCUGCUCCAUAUUCAUAUUUAUCCGAUGCCAAUUGGAUAUCUUUGCCUUGCGUCUGCAAUCGAUUGGAAAGAGUCUCAACUCAGAGGUGGCAACCGAUGCUGAAAUGUUGCAGCAGCUGAAGCACUGCAUUCAUUAUCACAAGAGAAUCAUUGAGCUAACUUCCGAUAUCGAGGCCAUUGUCUAUAAGCCCAUUUCGGUUCAGAUAUUUUGCUCUGUGCUGGUCUUGACUGCCAAUUUCUAUUCCAUGUCACAGUCAACUGGCGAGACGCUAUUGCUACUCAAGAUGUUCAUCUAUCAGAGCUGCAUGCUCUUACAGAUCUUUAUAAUCUGCUACUUUGCGGGUGAGAUUACCGAGCGCAGUUAUGGCCUGCCCCACGACCUGUACAAAUCCAAUUGGGUUGGCGCUCAUCGCACGAACCAGCGGCUGCUGCUGAUGCUGAUGCUGCGUCUGGACUUGCCCCUGCGAAUCAAAACAUUGAAUAGCAGUCACUCCUUCGACCUGAUGCUCUUUAGUUCGGGCCUGCAGCCGGAAUUAUGGCCAAAGUUCUUCAUUAUAGCCUGCAAAGUAAUGUCGGAACAUCAUGAAAUCACGUCCAUUUUUUAUAAAUAUCAAGUAUGGUAUUUCAAUUUUCUGGGCGUGUGGCAAGUGCCGAGGCAUGCCACACGCUGCCAGCGCUGGUUGCAUCAACUGCGCUUUUGCCUCAUCCUCGGCAUUGUGGCCAUCAUGUUGCUCUUCUUUGCGAUACGUGUGCUGGCCAACAUCGACCAAUUGAAUGUCAUUCUGGAAGUAUUCUUCAUGUUUGCCACCGAGGUGUCGUGCAUGUCCAAGCUGCUGAGCAUUAAGCUGAGGAAUCGUCAACAUGCCCGGCUCAUUGAGGCAAUGCAUUCGUCGUGCUUUCGCCCUGGCUCCAAGAAGGAGGCGUUGAUAUUUCGCAACGGAGCAGAGCGUUCCAUCAAAUGGCGCAAUUUCUAUGCCUACACAUCGCUGUUGGCCGCCAGCCUGAUCCUGGUCAUGCAGUGGUUCGUCGACAACAAUGCCCUGCCCCUGUCCAUGUACGAGCCGUGCAAUCUGCUCAGCUCCGGCUGCUACUAUGGCCUCUAUUUCUAUCAGGUGAUGUCGCUGAUGCCCACCUGCUGGCUGAACAUUGCCUUUGAUUCGAUCGCUUCUUCGUUGCUCUACUUUCUGGAGACGCAACUGGCCAUGUUGGCCUCCCAUCUGGAGAACUUGGGCACGGCCGUAACAGAUGAGGAUAAUCUGAGAAUUGCUCGGGAAUUGCGCAAUUGUUGCAUUCACUAUGCUCGCAUUUUUCAGCUAAAGGAUCUCAUCGAUGGCUUCAUUAAGGUGCCUGGCUCGGUGCAGAUGCUCUGCUCCGUUUUAGUGCUCGUCUCCAAUUUCUAUGCCAUUUCGAUUAGGACGAAGGAAACUGCUUUUAUGAUCAUGAUGGCAUCGUAUCAAUUUGUUAUGUUGCUGCAAAUCUUCAUAAUUUGCUAUUCGGCCGAUGAGAUGAGCUAUCAGAGUGCAAUGCUAUCCCAUUCACUAUAUAGCUCCGAUUGGACCUCUUGGAACAAGAGUAAUCGGAAAUUGGCUUUGCUAAUGAUGUUGCGUUUUAGUGAGCCGCUGCAUAUGCAUACAUUGAAUCACUCUCAGUGCUUCAAUUCUACUACUUUUUCAUCCAUUGUGAAUUGCUCCUACAGCUAUUUCGCUUUGCUCAAGCGUGUGAACAGUUGAAUUUGCCGCCAAUCUUUGAAUUUUAAACGCUUAUCGAUAAACGAUAAGUUGACGCUACUAUU